CUCUAAUGCUCACUAGUAUCCACCGCUUGUUAGCGUCCAAGCCAAGACCAGGCACGUCCUCGAGGUCGUAUGAACACCACCCACAGGCUGAGACGAGAUGUGGCCGUAUUUGGUAGCCGUGAUUCUGGUCCUGUUUGGGAUUUAUUACAGACACAGAAGGCAUGCCUUUCAGUAUUUCAAGCGGAUGGGGUUAGAUGGCCCUACACCCUCCAUUCCAUUCGGGAACCUCACCGAGAUCGGGUUUGGAAAAGGGGAUCCCAUGGAAGCUCCAAUGCGGUGGACUAAGAAAUAUGGAAAGUUCUAUGGUAUCUUCGAGGGGCCCAACCCGAUACUUAUCAGCACGGACUUGGAUUUCCUGAAGGAAGUUUUCAUCAAGCGAUUCAGUCAUUUUCAUGCGCGGAAGCCGUUCCCCAUUGCUCCAGACCCCAAUGAUGAGCGCGGGGUCAACAUGGUCAUUGCCAUGGGGGACAAAUGGAAAAGAUUACGUCUGAACACAAACCCGGCGUUCUCAGCUCUGAAGAUGAAACAGAUGUCACCACUAAUCAAUGACUCAGUGACGAGACUGCUUCGAUGUCUGGAGAAGAGGUGUGAGGAGGGAAAACCGUUCAAUAUUCAAAGCGAGUUUCAGGGACUGACGCUGGAGGUGAUCGCGUCCUGUGCCUUUGGUUUAUCCAUCAACUCAGUGGAGGAUAGAAACCACCCCUUCCUCACUGCGUGCAGGGAUCUGUUCAACCGCCUUGGUAACGGCCGGCUCAGGGUGCUGGUAGCGUUCAUGUUUCCUGAAGUUCGCAGGCUUCUGUGGAAGUUUUUCAUUUUCCUUCGUUUGUUUAUCAAAACGGACCCCUUCUCCAAGCUGCGGGCCCUUGGGUUUGAAGCGAUUGCCGCCAGGAAAGCAAUUCACGAUCCUAAGAAAAGACGUGUGGAUCUACUACAAUUAAUGCUGGACACGCAGAUCAAUUCCACCAACGGUCAAGCGGUCAGUAACAGUGACCAAGAGGAGCUGAGUGGUCUUAAUAUGAAUGGAGAGACUGGACCCACGGCCCAAAGCAGCGGAGAGAUGAAGACGAAGAAGAUAGCAGACAGACAGGGGUUGUCAGAGGAGGAAAUUCAGGCUCAGGCGAAUCUGUUCAUCUUGGCCGGGUAUGAAACUACCAGCACGGCGCUGACGUACACCGCGUACGAGCUGGCAAAACAUCCCGAAGUCCAGUGCCGACUGCAGGCGGAAGUUGACGAACACUUCGGAGAAGACACUGAAAUAAGCUACGACACAAUUCAGAAGUUGACCUACAUGGACAUGGUGAUAUGUGAAGUGUUAAGAUUACAUCCCAUUGCUCCACAGAUCAUUGCCCGUCAGUGCGUGGAGUCCUGCACCGUGAACGGACUCCAUCUUGAGAAAGGUUUGGUGGUGGCGGCGGAUGUGUGGUCGAUACAUUACGACCCAGAGCUGUGGGGGCCUGAAGACACGUUUAGCCCAGAGAGGAAGGCCCACAGGCACCCCAUGGCGUGGCUGCCGUUCGGAGCCGGACCUCGUAACUGUAUCGGGAUGCGGUUUGCCCUGAUGGAGGCUAAGAUCGCGUUGGCGGGCCUCCUCAAGAGGUUCUCCAUCCAGGCGUGCCAGGAGACACAGAUCCCACUGAAGAAAGUAGAGCGCGCAACAAUCGUGCCCGAGAGUGGAGUCAUAGUGAAACUAAUCCGCAGAGAAAUGUAGUACUUUUAAAAAGACAGCCUCGUACGAAAACACACCUAAAUUAGACUAUAAUUACCAUAACGAGGUCCGAAGUAACUAUGACGUCACUGACUAAGCGAUUGGCAAUAUUGAAUGAUAUCUGAGACACUGCUUUGCUUAAAAAAAAUUAGAAAUCAUAAUAAGGACCCAUUUAUAUUUUUGUAAAAACAAGGCAUAAUACAGGUAGUCAAAAGGCAAAAUUUUAUUGAUUUUUCUUAAGGAUUAUGUUAAAUGCAUAUGUCUUAUUAUUUUGAAUUUCAACUUAAGUGCAGUAUAACUUUGUUUGUACAACUUACUUCAGAAUAUUAUCUUCAUAAUGUAAAAAAAUUAUCUGUGACACACACUUUUACGGGUAC